CGAUUUAGUCAAAAAUCGAGCUCGCAGAGCCAGUGCUGUGUCAUUUCACUUCCGCGUCGAGUCGGUCAAACGCGCUUUGUGCGGGCCAGCAAGAAGAGCCGACAGCAAUGGAGGAAAAGAGGAACCAAUUAUAUGGAGGGAUGGCUGAUCCACUCGGCAGCUUGAAGAAGAUCGUCAAGCUCGCGCUCAGGAUCAAGGAGGCCGUCGACACGGUUCGCCAGAACAAGGAGGAGUGCCAGCAGAUCAGGACGCGCGCGGUCAGGGUGAGCUCCCUCCUGGCGCGGCUGCCGGAGACGGGGAUGACGGCCGACCCGGCGAUGUGCGACGCGCUGGAGGACCUGGAGGACAGCCUCCGGCGAGCUCACGCCCUCGUCGCAGCCUGCCAAGAGAGCACCACGGUGUGCCUCUACUGCACGGCAAGGAAGCAGGCCAGGCGCCUGCGCCGGGUGCAGGAUGAUAUCUCGCAGAAAGUGAUGCUCGUCGUCUUCGCCACCAACAUCCAGACCACCAUUAUUUUGACAAGCAUUUGGACUGGAGAUGCUGCUCCGGUAGCACAGGCUGCAGGAGAGAUGAUUGAGAUGCCUGUGGCGGACCCUUGCAAUCUUCCAGCUAAUGGUGAUAGCAACGUGGCACCUGCAACUAGCGGGAUGACGUCUGGGUCCGGCUGCUGGUUGCCGCCGACGCCGAGGGAUGGUGCAGUGACUCCAAUCAGGAAAUGGCUGGCAAGGGCAUCGAUAAAUCCGUCGGCUGGCCAACGGAAACCUUGGUAUCUGCGUCCUCCGCGUGAUCUGUCUGCCCAAGAUCUGCUGCUCCUUUCGCCUCCCCAGAGUGGUUUAAGAAAGUUCAGUUUAUCUGAGUUGGAAGCAGCCGCACAUCACUUUUCAGUGGAAAAUAUGGUAGGAUCAGGUUCCUUUGCUACUGUGUACAAGGGCAUAUUGCCAGAUGGACUUGUGGUUGCCAUCAAGGAGUUCCGAAAUCCAUAUGUUCUAUCAGCACAGGAGAUAGAUGAGCUCCAUCUUGUUUCAAUCAAUGUUAAACAUGAAAAUAUAGCUAAACUUAUAGGAUAUGGUAGCAGUGAAGUCCUUGAGAGGGCCGAGCAAUUUGAAGACGCAAAACUUAGAGCCAAGGAAGAUAAAGAAACAUCUUAUUAUUUUGUUGAAGAGUACAUGCCGAACGGGAGCUUAGACAAAAUUAUCUAUGGGUUACAGCUUGACUGGUCCUCACGCUUCCAUCUGAUUCAGGGGAUAGCACAAGGCUUACGUUACCUGCACAAGCGAAAUGUUGUCCAUUUGGAUGUAAAACCGAGCAACAUCCUCUUGAAUUGUGAUAUGAAUCCCAAGAUCACUGAUUUCGGAAUAGCUAGAGUGCUGAAUCACAAAGGGGUUGAUAUCCGUUCUGGAAUUGGUACCGUAGCAGGCACAUUGGGGUACAUGCCACCAGAAUAUAUCAUGGAUGGUACGCUGUCGAAAAAGAACGAUGUGUAUGGUUUUGGUGUCACCAUCCUUGAGGUCAUUAGCUCGAUGUCGAGAUUUAAAAGGGCUAGUGGCCAAGCUUCAAUCGAAUGGGGAGCGCGAAGCUAACUCUACAGUUGUGGCCGUAAGUCUCCAACACCAUCCCAUGCACUAACAGAUGAAUUCCAUCAUAUGUCACUAAUCUAUCGACUCAUGCACCUGCAUGGGGCCAGUAAGAGGAAUUUUACUAUGGUAGAAACAGAUGAGGACCGUUCAUGUGGCUGAAAUUGAUGGUUGGGACAUAAGAGAUAUCAAGAGGUACCUAGAAAAAGGUACCAAUUGGUACCAAAAUAGGUGGAAAAUAGAAAAGGUAUCUACCGAUAUCUCCUGGUACCUUACCAAAAUAUCCAACCACCAUAACACAUAUAUUAAUAUAGAAUUUCUUGAUAUGUCUAUGAUUUAGGAUGUGUAGGUGACUUGCCAUGAUAAGCAUUUAUAUGUUGGCUAUGUUUUUACUAUAUUCCACUACUGACUUACCACCUGCGCAGUCAUCUUCUGGGCUUUCCAUAUUAUUCACAAUAUUUUUAGGCUUGUGUGGCCAUACAUAGCAUAAUAUUUUCUUUCUUUUCUAGUUUGGUCCUUGGAUUCUACUGCAUAGUUGAGACUUGAGAUGUAGACCUAAAUCAAUAUGUCAAUGAAAAAGCCUGUGGAAUGAUCCAGGAUGAUAUAUAUUAGGUUAAUUGCUUUUUUUAAUGUAAAACAGUAGAUGUUGAUGACAUGGAAGUAGAUAUUUGGGUUAAGGAUCAACUUCUUCGAUAGUCGUGGGUGAGUAAUUUAUAUGUAGGCAUUAAGGUAUUUCAUGUUAUUUUUACACUACUGGAAAAACACACAUUUGUCCGCGGCCGUUAGUACCGGUCACGGCUUUGGCCAGUACUAACGUGCAAAUUUAGUACCGGGCCAAAGGAACAGUGGCCCUGGGAGCCUAUUAGUACCGGCUGGUGGCUCCAGCCGGUACUAAAGUCCGCCACCGACAGGCUCUGACAUCCGCCACCGACAGCUAGUGACAGUUUAGUACCGGCUGGAACCACCAGCCGGUACUAAAUGUGGCGCGUUAGUACCGACUGGAGCCACCAGCCGGUACUAAUGCGCCCACUAUAAAUUGGCACCCUUCUUCCUCCCCGAGCCCGAGCCAGUGCCAUUUCACCAGAGAAGCUCGAGCUCGGGGUUGUUCUUCCCUUAGAGAGUUGCCGCCAUUUGUUCUAGUUUUAGUGAGUGUUCUAGUUAUCCAAGUACGCCAAAGAUUUGCAACUUCAUCCUCUCUUCAUUGAUAGUCUUUAUUCUUUGUUUUAUGCUCUAUAGUUAGAGAAAUUUGUGACUUUUAGAAAUAGUGAGGAUGAGUAUGAUUUCUUUGAUUUAUGCAAU